AUGGCGCAAAAGACGACCCUCAAGGAGUUCGAGUCGGUGUACCCGAAGCUGGAAGAGGCCAUCCUCGACCAUGCCCGCUCCUACAAGCUGCCCGAGGCUGAGCUCAGCUGGCUCAAGAAGAACCUCGAGGUCAACCCCCUGGGCGGCAAGUGCAACCGCGGCAUGUCCGUCCCCGACUCCGUCUCCCUCCUCCUCGGCAAGCCUCUCGACGAGGAGCAGUACUUCCAGGCCGCGACGCUCGGCUGGAUGACGGAGCUGCUGCAGGCCUUCUUCCUCGUCUCCGACGACAUCAUGGACAGCAGCAUCACGCGCCGCGGCCAGCCCUGCUGGUACCGCCAGGACGGCGUCGGCAUGAUCGCCAUCAACGACGCCUUCAUCCUCGAGUCGGGCAUCUACACCCUGCUCAAGAAGUACUUCCGCUCCCACCCGAGCUACAUCGACCUCGUCGAGCUCUUCCACGAGACCACCUUCCAGACCGAGCUCGGCCAGCUCUGCGACCUGCUCACCGCCCCCGAGGACAAGGUCAACCUCGACAACUUCUCCAUGACCAAGUACCAGUUCAUCGUCAUCUACAAGACGGCCUACUACUCCUUCUACCUCCCCGUCGCCCUCGCCCUGCACCAGCUCGGCCUCGCCUCCCCCAAGAACCUCAAGCAGGCCGAGGACAUCCUCAUCCCCCUCGGCGAGUACUUCCAGAUUCAGGACGACUACCUCGACAACUUUGGCCUCCCCGAGCACAUUGGCAAGAUUGGCACCGACAUCAAGGACAACAAGUGCUCCUGGCUCGUCAACCAGGCCCUCGAGAUUGCCACCCCCGAGCAGCGCAAGAUCCUCGAGGAAAACUACGGCCAAAAGGACGACGCCAAGGAGGCCGUCAUCAAGAAGCUCUUUGACGACAUGAAGCUCAAGGAGCGCUACCACGAGUUUGAGGAGCGCCGCGCCGACGAGAUCCGUGCCAUGAUUGAACGAGUCGACGAGAGCGAGGGCCUCAAGAAGGAGGUGUUUACCGUUUUCCUCAACAAGAUUUACAAGCGCAGCAAGUAA